AUGAAUCAAGUAUCGGAUGGCGUUGUUGCAGAGACACCAGAAGAAGGAAUUGAAUUCUAUGUGAAAGAUGGCCAUUUUUGUUCAGCAUUGCCAAAAGCAAUCAAGACAAUGAAAAGGGGAGAAAAAGGGCAGAUUAAUUGUUCAACCUCAGUAUGCCUUUGGUGUGGAGGGGAGGGAUGCAAACAAUGGGUUUCAUUCUGUUCUGCCCCUCCAAGUUCUGUGCUGAACAUUGAUCUGGAGUUGGCAUCUGUCAAGCUUGUUCUUGAUGUUACUGGUGAUGCCAAGGUAAUAAAGAAGGUCUUGAAAGAAAGGGAAGGUGUGCGGGUUGCUAAUGAAAGUGCAAGUGUUGCUGGGGUGGGGGAGGGUGUAUCGUAG